UGAGACAGACAGAAUUCCUAAGGUUUUUUUUAUAUCUUUCCUCUCUCCAAAAAAACAGUUAGCUGAACCGCUUGGACACAGAAAAGAAAGUUUGGUCAACAAUGGAAGACAACCUCACGAAACAUUUAUUCAUCAGACAUUCUUUGCAGCCAGGUCAAUGACGCACGAAAGGCUGGUCUGUGAUUGGCUGAUUCAGAUCACACCCCCGAGUUGAAAGGUCAUCUCCUUCCUGCGCGCAGCCUAGCAGCCAUGGCGUCGUUCACAGUCAGUCGAGCUCUGCAAAGAGUUUUAUUUGGGUUGCAGCGUGUCUCCUUCAAGUCAAGGUGUCAUGUCAACACUACAGUUUCACAGUACUCCACGGUUUAUGACUCCAGUGAAAAGACUUUUGACAAGAUUCUUAUUGCAAACAGGGGUGAAAUUGCUUGCAGGGUAAUGAAAACCUGCAAAAAGAUGGGCAUCAAAACUGUUGCGGUACAUAGCGAUGUGGACUCCAGUGCAGUACACGUGAAGAUGGCAGACGAAGCCAUCUGCGUGGGCCCAGCUCCCUCCAACAAAAGCUACCUCAACAUGGACGCUAUCAUGAAAGCCAUCAGGCAGACGAGAGCCCAAGCUGUGCAUCCGGGCUAUGGGUUCCUGUCAGAAAACAAAGAGUUUGCUCGUCGACUGGCAGCAGAAGGUGUCACCUUCAUUGGACCAGACACACACGCUAUUCAAGCCAUGGGAGACAAGAUUGAGAGCAAAUUAAUUGCCAAGAAAGCCAAGGUCAACACUAUUCCCGGCUUUGAUGGGGUGGUGAAGGAUGCAGAAGAAGCGGUCAGGAUUGCGGGGGAAAUCGGCUACCCCGUCAUGAUCAAGGCGUCAGCAGGUGGUGGGGGAAAAGGCAUGAGGAUUGCCUGGAAUGAUGAAGAAACCAGGGAAGGAUUUCGCUUUUCAUCGCAAGAGGCUGCUUCAAGUUUCGGUGAUGACCGACUCCUUAUUGAGAAGUUCAUCGAUAACCCACGACACAUAGAAAUACAGGUUCUAGCUGACAAGCACGGCAAUGCCCUGUGGCUAAAUGAGAGGGAAUGCUCCAUUCAGAGGCGCAAUCAGAAGGUGGUGGAAGAGGCUCCAAGCACGUUCCUGGACCCCGAGACGAGGCGAGCGAUGGGUGAACAAGCCGUGUCACUGGCCAAGGCCGUGCAGUACUCCUCUGCUGGUACCGUGGAGUUUCUGGUGGACUCCAGAAAAAACUUCUACUUCCUGGAGAUGAACACUCGCCUGCAGGUUGAACACCCCAUCACUGAAUGCAUUACCGGCCUGGAUUUAGUCCAAGAAAUGAUUCGCGUUGCCAGUGGUUACACACUCCGACACAAGCAAGCAGAUAUUCCCAUCAAUGGUUGGGCCGUUGAGAGCAGAGUUUACGCUGAGGACCCUUACAAAUCCUUUGGCCUGCCGUCCAUUGGCCGCCUCUCCCAAUACCAGGAGCCCGUCAAUCUCCCCCAAGUCCGUGUUGACAGUGGGAUUCAGGAAGGAAGUGACAUCAGCAUUUAUUAUGACCCAAUGAUCUCCAAGUUGGUUACAUUUGGCUCCACCCGCGCUGAAGCACUACAGAGAAUGGUGGAGGCUCUUGACAGUUAUGUCAUACGAGGAGUGACGCACAAUAUUCCGCUGCUGCGAGAGGUGAUCACACACCCCCGCUUCAUCUCUGGAGACAUCAGCACAAAGUUCCUCCAAGAGGUGUACCCAGAAGGCUUCAAAGGUCACCAGCUGUCAGAUUCUGAGAGGAGGGAGCUACUUGCCACCGCUGCUUCUGUCUUCGUAGCGGCACAGAUUCGCUCCCAGAGAUUCCUCGGGAACCUCAGAGUCUCCGGCUCCCAGCAGGAGCGGAGGAGGUGGGAACUGUCUGUGGAGUUGGAGAAGGGGGUCCACGCCGUCACUGUCUCCCACUCCGGAUCAACCUACACAGUGGAUCUUGAUGGAAUGAGGGUGGAUGUGUCCAGUGAGUGGAACCUGGCGUCUGCUUUGUUACCCGUCACCAUCAACGGCACCCAAAGGACCGUGCAGUGCCUCUCUCGUAAUGCAGCCGGGGAGAUAGAACUUCAGUAUUUCGGCACAUCGUAUAAGGUGCGGGUGCUGAGUAAGCUGGCAGCUGUCCUGAGCAAACACAUGCCCGAGAAGGUGCCAGAAGACACCAGCAGCAUUCUCCGCUCGCCCAUGCCUGGCUCCGUGGUGGCAGUGUCCGUCAGGCCCGGCGAUACGUCUCUUUCAGGGUGUUUUGCAGCCAGCACUGCCCCUAUAGACCACAGCUCAGCUCACUGCUCACCCCCUUGUGAGAAGAGCACAGCUGUUACUGUAAACCCUGUCCAGUGACGGAGAUCACACUCCUGUGCCUCUCUAAAGGAUGAAAUGAACAAGUCGGGCACUGUGCAGUCAGCCUUUGCAUCUGCAAUUUCAGACCUCUUUAAAUCAUUCUUCAUGCUCACCAGAAAUGAAUAAUGCACACAUUAACUGGUGCCGCUUAAUAAAUUUCCGUCUCAGUGCACCAUAUUUUCAAUAAGAUGCAGCUAUUUCGAUUUUGUUUUGCAAAACAGCUGCUGAAAAUCCCUGGUAAAAUGCUCCCCUUUUCACUCCUUUAUUAUUGCUUUUUAAAUAAAAGGUUUAGCAUUUUCUCUUAUUUCGCUGAAUGCUUUUUGCAGUUGGGCAAGUUCUUCAGUGAGCUAUUUAUCUGUAUAAUAUGCGUUUGUGUUAGUGAAACAACAAAAAUGAUUAGUGUCAAUAUAAUUGGUAAUUGUGACUCUAUAGGAAACCUUUGAAAAUAUAAUCAACAACUAUCCCCAUGUCAAGAUUUUUUCUAUUUUGUUUUUCAAAAAUCUUGAUGCUGAUAAUUUCCCAAAUCUUGCAUAAUCUGCCUUAAUUGCUUAAUGCCUUUAUAGAAAUUCUGUGGACCAAGAUAAGCAGCUGGUUUCCUAUUGCUUUCAUUUCCCAUCAUGUGCAGUGAAUCAUGUGCAGUGAAUCAUGGGCAGUGCAUCAUGGGCAGUGAAUCAUGGACAGUGGUCGUUUGGAAAUGGUUCUAGAAUGUUCGGCAGCCAUGAGCUCUUCAAAAUAUGUGCAUGGAAGUAAAUAAAGCUAUCCCUAAUUACA